CAGUUUGUUUUAGAAGGUCGGACAUCGAAGAUGAACUUUUAAUUUUUUCUUGUUUUUAGGCUUUUAUUUCAUAAAUCGUUCGUAAUUAUAGUAUGGAUAUUUUAAAGGAUAUUGUUUCAUUGGUCUUAGAGAGCUAUUUUGGCUGGAGUGAAUAUGAAAUCGCGGAACUUUGGCGUGCUUAUCCUGGACGAAGAAGAAGUAUUGUUCGGCAGAUUGGAAGCUCACUACCAGAUAUUUUACCAAAGAUUUUUACAAAGCGGAGUAUUGUGCGAGAAAUCGGUAGCCGUUUGCCCCUUCCUCCAGUAAAGAGACCUUGCUUCAAGAUUGGUCCAAAUGUGUAUUGCAACCCCGACGCCACUAAUUUACAGGACGGAGAAGUAAACUGGAUUUUUGGGCCUGAAUAUUUCGAAGAUUCCUUCAGUUGUGUUGGUUCAGAGGGAGAUGCUUCUGAUCAACUAUCUUUAUGUGAAGACUUUGAUGAUGUUGAUAAUUGUGUCCAAAAACAAACAGACAUUUUAAGUAAUUUGCCUCCAAUCACAUCUGAAUCAGUAAUAGACAAUAAUAUGGCAAUGAAGAAAAUAUCAGCGUUGGAAGAAGAACUAAAUAGACUAAGAGCUCAAAUAGCAUCAAUUGUUGUGCACCCACCAUCUACUCCAUCAAUCAAACCAAAUGCAGUACMCCUGACCUCAACACCAUGCACUCCUGAAGWGCAUCCUUCACGUCCAUGUAUGUUUGCACCACCUCCUCCUCCACCACCACCACCACCACCACCUCCACUGUGCUUGACUCCUGUUAAGUCUGCUCAGGAUGUCAUCAAAGAGCAUACAUACACGAGACAUAAUGCUAACAGAGCACAAAGAAAGACAUUAGGAAUUCCAGCUGAUAAACCAUCAAAUGUGCCAUGUUUGUCUGAUGUUCUGAAGGGGCUUGGCUCUGUUAAACUCAAGUCAAUUGAAAGAUCUCCUGGAGGAACUCCCAUAAGAAGUAAACCCCUUGAAACAGAAGGUUCAGAUCCUUCGUCCAUCAUUGCUAAAGCACUGAAGAAAAAGUUUGCUCAGAGACGAAAAUUAAGAGAUGCUGAUUCACCAAGUUUAGACAAAGAAAAUGAGUCAUCUUUCUCUCCUUCACCUGCAAAAAGUCCUAGGACCCCAAAGUUUGGACCACAUUUGGGAAGGAUGUCAGGAUCUGAUCUCAACGACAGAGUCUUACAGACAAGUCCCUUAAUUAACAUGAGAAUUUGAUGUAACUGUAUCUUUAGAAAAUUUUAUUGAAUUCUGUACAGUUCUUUAAGAAUCAUUUUUUGUUUAUAUUUCAUACUGUAAUA